AAAGACAUCCAGGGCUUGGUCACAAGCUACCUUACCUUGGAUAAUGAGGAUAUGGAAGUCUUCCUGGAUACUUUGAAGCAAACUUGCAAUGGAUAUUUGUUUUGUAAACUGGGAGCUGACAACAUUGAAUCAGUUUACAAUCCCCUAAUGGUUUUUAAUGCUCUUGAGCGGUACAAUGAUCGGGGAUAUCUCUUUGAUAUUCCAAGUAGCUUAUCUGAUGCAACUCACUUCUUUGGAACAAUUGCUAGGCAGAACCUAGUCAAAUACAAAGACCUAAUUUUUUUCAAAGCAAAUGCACCUGUAGAAGUAAACUUUAAGCUCAAUCUUUCAUUUUCUGACAUCCUCACUGCUUCAGUCACAGGAUAUGAAGAAGGCUGCCGUAGCAUUGCCUGCUCGCUGCUAUAUUACCUAGGUGCACUCACACAUAGUCCAAAUGGUGGAUUAAUAGUACCUAAUGGAACUGUACAGGAUGUUAUGAUUGCUCAAUUAAUUGAAGAGCAAUGUGCUAAUAAUUUUGCUGGUACCACUGAAGACAGAGAGAAUGUAUACCAAGAACUUAUGAAUGGCAACAUAACCCCCUUUAUUGGAAUUAUCAAGAAUUUUUUCAACAGCGAAUCAAUGAGAGACCUACAAACUCUCAAUGAGCGUGUGCUAAAAACAGCUCUUUUGGCUCUCAUUCCAUUUAGUGGUCGAGUUUCCAAGCUCUGUCUUAUGGCAGACUCAAGGAGAUCUUAUGGUCAAGGGUGUUAUAAAUUCCCUGAUCUCUUUGUUGCCAAACGUUCACUUUUGGAUAUCCGGACUCUGAGUAUUGUUGUAGAGCUUAAGCUCUUUUCACUCUUAGGUCUAUUAAGUGGAGAUACUGGAUCCUGGCGUAGCAACUUCACUGCAUCACAGCUGAGCAAUUUCAACAAAAGCCUCAGAUUAGAAGAAGAAGAGGCAUUGCUGAAGAGAAAAUAUAUCCCCUACAGCAGGGCAGAGAUGAUGACAAUAGGUGAUGUAUUGAAAUGUGCAAUCACACAGCUGAAAGAAUAUAUGUCAAUUAUUGCAAUGGGCCCAUGGAAGCUAUCAAAUGAUGCCAAAUUUUCAGGUGUUAAUGAUACACGUGUUGGAAUAAUAACCAAUAGGAAUGAGAAAUUUCUAGAUGGAUAUGUUAUUUUGGCUGUUG